GGUCUUUCUUAUUUCAGGUUCUUCUGCGUGGCUGACCAAGUGAAGGUUUACACCAACCAGAACAAAACCAGGACCUUUAUUGGCUUGGAGGUCUCCGCUGGGCAUUUCCAGCUGCUGGAGCUGGUCUCAGAGGUGGACAGAGUUUUAGAGGAAUUUGACCUUCCCACAUUCUACAAGGAUCCGUCGUUCCACAUCAGCUUGGCCUGGUGUGUCGGAGACCUGUCUGGCAAGCUGGAGGGGCAGUGUCUGCGGGAGCUCCAGGACAUUGUGGACGAGUUUGAGGACUCGGCGCUCCUGCUGCGUGUCCAAUGGGAGCAAAUCCGCUGCAAAUCAGGGAACAAGUACUUCUCCUUCCCCUUGAGGUAGGGUCUGGUGGGGCUGUGCAUUUCAGAGCCUCAAAGAGCCUGAUGCUCAGCUAAGGACUGUUCUCCGACACAGCCCUGAGUAGCACGGGCUGUCACGCACCUCCCAUGCUCUUCUUGCCUGCUCAGCGUCUCUGGGUUGUUUGUGGCCUCAAGUCAGGCCACUUCCAAGUUCUAGUUGCUGGCUGAAGAGAUGUGUGUCUGUAGCAGAUUUCAUUCUCGCUGCUAUAUGUGCUGCAGUCAGCACUGGUGGUUCCAGACAUCCCACGGUCGGUAAUUUUGCUGAUUUUUUUUUUUUUUUAAAAGAAAAAAAAAUCUCUGUAACAGCCAUAGAUGCCUUAUGGGAAAGAGGAAGAAGGUAGCGUGGGAAGCUGUUGCUAAAGGGAGAGUGUCUCACACGGUGGGAAGUAGCACUACCAGAUUGUCAGGAUGCUCUGAGCAAGCUUUUAGUAACAAGAGGCAAGGACACGGAGCUGGAUUCUCUCACCAGAGCAUCUCCCUGCUGAAAGCCAGCUUGGACAAGCUCCUGAGUCAUGCUGUGUCCCUCUCGAACUGCUGCUGCCUCUGUAGAGGCAUUUCAUUGUCUGAUCUUUUUGCCAAACAACAGGAGCUUGCAGCCAGGUGUGGGUGAGCCCUAGAGCGGGCAGUGUCAGGGUUUGCCUGAGCUGGGAGGGCAAAUGCCCACAGGUGACUCAAGGGGGGGGUGGCUCCUGCUCAGGCUCCACAUUUUUUCCCAUGGGAUCAGCACCCCGGGUGCCACGAUGACCCAGGGAACUUGCAGGCUGGACAUUGUUCCUUGGGAGAAGCUCCUUUUUAAUGCUUUUUUUCCUGCAAGGAGGUUGGCUGCAGCCUCAGGUGUUCACAGCAGGAUGUUGAUGUGCUGCCCUGAAUCUUUUAUCCAGUGUCUGUCCAGAACUUCUGAGCAAUAAAAAUCUGUCUCCUUGUGUCAUAAAA